UUCACCACAAAGUUCGUUCCUAAGAGCCUGAAUCCAGUUUGGAAUGCCCACUUUGACUUCGAGCUCGAGACCCAAUCGGUACCGGACCAGGUCACCCUCAUGUUUUGGGACAAGGACUGGAUUAGCAAGGACGACUUCAUGGGCACCGUCAGCAUCCCCUUUGACGAAUCCUCGAUCUGGUCUGAUGCUAUCCCAAAGCACUUUGAUGACCCAGACAACCAGGUAACAAUUAUGUGA